UUCUGAAUUCUCAAUCUCUCCAGCCACUCGUCCGACUCAAUCCAGCUAGCGCGCAACUGGGUUGCGAUGCAACGUUCGGUUGCAGUUGCCGUCGCUGCCGGCGCUAUCUUGACAUUUGUUUAUCACGUCGUACGAGCGCGUCCGGUGAAGGAGAAGCAGAACAAGGGGGACGAGGAGGACGAGGAAGGAGAAACCUUCAAGCUCGGACUAGUACUCGGCAGCGAGCGGAAGGGUGGAAAUACAGUCGGCAUGGGAGUCUACCUCUCCGCCCUGCUCCCCACGCUGCCCUUCCCUGCUCGACUGGUUCUCGACGUCGUCGACCUCGCCGAGCUCGACCUCCCGCGCACAUUCUCCCAUGUCCCUGCGAAGGGUCCCCAGCUCACGUGGCAAUACGUCCCCUCUGCCGACGCCCUGUGGUCUGCCCGCGUGCGCAGCUGGGACGCCGUGCUCUUCGUCGCGCCCGAAUACAACGGCCACGUGCCGGGCAUCCUCAAAAGUGCCCUUGACCGACUGUAUGGUGAAUGGCAGCGAAAGCCGGCUGGGCUCGUUGCGCUAGGCUCGGAAGGUGGACGGCGGUUGCUGCAGAGAGGAGCAGAGCUGUUCGCCGAGCUUGGGAUGGAGGUCGUUGGAGGCGUAGGCGUGACGACAUCGGGCAGGCGGGUGACCGGAGAUGAGGAGUGGUUGGGGGCGGUGCGGAACGAUAUUGAGAGCGUGGUGCUGGGGCUAGUGGCUGCAAGGCGUACGUAACCAUACAAUGGUAAGUUUCGAUGUCGCAGGAGGAUUCAGCCACCCGGAGGAAUUGACUUGUCAGGUGUUCGACUUGCUGCGGGUUGAUGCAAAAUUAAAAAUUGUGUCACCGCUGCAGGCUGCAGGCACCCAUUCAAUCCAGAGGCAGCCGUCUGACCAUGUCAACGACGGGCCACUGAUGAUCAACAAGGAUCAGCAGAAAUU